AUGGAGAAUAUAUCACCUAGAGCUCUCCAUCAUAAGCUCACAAAGCGUUCCACUAUGGCGGAGAAGUUUAAAAUGAUACCUGAAGGCUGGAAGCCUCCUGCCGAUCCUUACGUACCAGAUGCCGAUGCUUUAAAUAUUGGAACACCUGGGUAUUUCGAGAAGUACCACUUUUUCGUUCAUGGAAAACUCAUGGAUAAGGAAUUACUGGCCGAAGUCCUUGACCUACCCUCUGAUGAUGUGAAACUAAACCUGCGUCCUGCACAGGUUCUGGGCUAUCAGGCUAAACUCUGGGGUGGAUGCCCUGUGCUUCAAUGUGCACGACUUCAUUUUUUGGUAGAUGGUAUGGCUUACUAUGUGGAGACACAGGAGGAGGAGAACCGCCUAACUGCAUAUAAAGCAAACGAAUAUACCCUGCGGGACUGUAUCAUCAGAUUCUCCGAUAUUCUAAAUGGAGACAAUGAACAGGUGCAUGGUAAGACCUUUGUUUGGAAUGGCAAUUCUGCAGAAUUAACAGAAGAAAAGUGA